ACAGAACCAUGAGCUCCUCACCCUUUUACAUUCUUGUUUUUUUCCUCCUUAAACCCUCUUUUCUCUCUUCUCAUCACUUUCUAUAUACACUUGAAAGAAAAUAUUUUUACUCUCUCUUCUUUCUUUUGCUUUGCUGCUAAAUUUUAGAAAAUGGGGUGUUAAUGGUUUACCUAAUCCAUCAUCCCACUACUUCCUUAAAAUUGUCAUAUUAAUAGACCAAGAAAUGAGGCAUUGGGGCCUUAACUCAUGCAGCACUAAAAAGGGUAACAAAAAAAAUUGAAUCUUAGGAGUUGUAAUACUUCAAAGCUUUGAUUUUUAAGAUUUUAAUGCUUUUCUUGGUUGUGGGGUUUUUGAAAUGGGAAGAGAAUUGAAUCUUGGAAGUUGAAAUUCUUCAAAAGUUUUGAUUUUUCUUGAUUUUGGGGUUGUUGAAAAUGGCAAGUGUAGAUGUGUCUAAUGUGGAUUUAGAGGCUGGUCCCGACGCCGGCGCCGGUGGACAUAGUCGCCGGUGCUCCGGCAGUGGUAGCAGUGUAUGUUUCUCUGAUGCUGAUGAGGGUUCUUGUUAUUCUCAGUUUUAUUCUACUGCUGAUGGGUCAAAUUAUGAUGAUUACAGUUUUGCUUGUGCUACUGAGUCUGAAAUAGGGGAAGUUAUGGAGGAAUCAAGGAGAGUUUCAUCUGUUGCUGAGUCUGAUAGAUCAGUGGACUUGGAAAAUGAAACAAAGUUGCAUGUUGGGAAAAUUGAAAGAGAUUGUAGGAUUUGUCAUCUGAGUUUGGUGAGUUCUGGUCCUGAAUCUGGUUUUGCCAUUGAAUUGGGAUGUUCUUGUAAAGAUGAUUUAGCUGCUGCACAUAGACAUUGUGCUGAGGCAUGGUUCAAAAUCAAAGGAAAUAAGACUUGUGAAAUAUGCAAUUCUCUUGCACGUAACGUUGUUGGUCCAAAUAAUGUUGAAUCAGCACAGCAAACGAAUGAAUCAAGCGCAGUGGCUACAAGUGCAGCGUCUGCACCAGUAUCAUCAACUUCAGAAGCUCGAACUUGUUUGAAUGGCCAUCGGUUCUUGAAUUUCCUCUUAGCUUGUAUGGUAUUCGCGUUUGUCAUCUCUUGGCUCUUCCACUUUAACAUCCCAUCAUAGGGGUAGUGUAGGAAAGAGUUCAUGUGCCAUGAAAUUCGAAGGCGAUUGAAGGCUUAUGGUGGUAAAAAGAAAUGGUAACACUUAUUUACGACUAGCUUUGGGAAUAUAUGUACCUACAGAGCAAUGUUUCAUCUGUCUACUACACCUAGAUAUAGAGAUCAAUUUGUAAGUGUGUAUGGUCUAUUUAUUAACUAAUAUUGUCCUUUGAUCUCAUGAAAAUGCCAGCAGUUGUUUUAGUUUGUUA